UGUGGAAUAUUUCCAAGAAAACUUGAGGGCACAAGAAAUGCCGGAGUUAUACAGCUUUUUGCUUUAUCUGCAAGAAAAGAUUGGUCAAAAUGUGUGUACUAGCACUUCCUGAGAGCCAAAAAGAAGUUUAUUAGCGAUGAUGUAGUGCGUGUGGCUUUUCUUGACUAUAUAACCGAAUAAUCCAUGUACAGAAAAUGCUGUACGUACCUGUAUUCGGAUAUGGGAGUAACUCUAUCGAACAAGUGUCGCAGCGAGUCGGAGCCGACGUCUCAGCAAGGUGCGUGAGUUAAGGCUCUUACAGGAGAACACAGAUAUCACUCGAUGUCUUGAUAAGGUGAACAUAUACCUAUUCCUGUGGCCUUGUUUAGGUGAACGUAUGCCGAUGCCUAUGGCCUUGUUUAGGUGAACGUAUGCCGAUGCCUAUGGACUUGUUUAGGUGAACCUAUGCCGAUGCGUGUGGCCUUGUUUAGGUGAACCUAUGCCGAUGCGUGUGGCCUUGUUUAGGUGAACCUAUGCCGAUGCGUGUGGCCUUGUUUAGGUGAACCUAUGCCGAUGCGUGUGGCCUUGUUUAGGUGAACCUAUGCCGAUGCGUGUGGCCUUGUUUAGGUGAACCUAUGCCGAUGCGUGUGGCCUUGUUUAGGUGAACCUAUGCCGAUGCGUGUGGCCUUGUUUAGGUGAACCUAUGCCGAUGCGUGUGGCCUUGUUUAGGUGAACCUCUAUCCCUAAAAAAUCCUGCUCCAGGCUAGAAUCUGAAGCAGGCUAGAAUCUGAAACCUCUAUCCCUAAAAAAUCCUAGUCAGCUCCCCUCUUGGCACCAGCGCUAAUCGAAAGGGAUUCUUCAUCAUUACCAGCGUCGCUUUGUUGGCUUUUCAAAACGGUGGAAUGGGAGCGUGGCUACUGUUGUAAAAGAGAGCAGACCGGAAAUUAAGGGAAGAUAGACGUGUCCAGAUGUUAAAAGCAGAUCUGAAUUAUCCAGACCAGUCACCAGGACUUGGGUUUACGCAGUCAGAUCCGAAAAAUUAUCUCGCCGGUUUUCCUUCUUCAUCUCUAAGCCAAGUCUAUGCACCUCUAAGUAAAGUCUUUGUCGUGGCACUCUAGUCUUCCUGACGAAGGAAGAAGUUUGUCGACUAGACAGGUGGGAAACGGUGAACCCAGAGAACCCAAAAGAUUCCGCAGCAGCGUGGAUAUAUCGUCGUGUGCUAGCGGAGGUCGAAGUCAUGGGGAUUUAUGGUUGGUCAUGUGUCUUAGUACGAGAAUAAGAAAAGUAACCUGUUGAUUUUUCCUUCAUCGUGCGAGGUUAGUCCCUUCAGCCAAAAUAUGGGUAGAAGCUUGUUGUAGUUGUGCCAAGACUAAAAGAUUCAGAGCGAUGUCCAAAAAGGUUGUCUUCCUCUUCUGGUAGUAGAACAAAAGAGGUUUAUGACAAGGCUCGUUGUAAUAUUCUUCAUAGCCCACCCCAACAAGAAACCCAGACCUUAUUGGACACUCUGGUCUGCUCACGAGAUGCGAUAGACUGGGCUGUUUUGCGAGAAUCUGAGGGUGGCGAAAAUAUGGUCGAUGCUGCUGCUGGCCAACUACAAGUUACGGUGGUAUGAUUAUCUUGAGGCAAUUUGUUAUAAGAAAGAUAUUGAUAGAAGGAGAAGAAAGGGAUUUUUUGGGAAAGAUAUUGAGAGCCAUACAUUGGGAUAUCUAAAUCUUGUCAGAAUGAGAACGAUUUCACAGUAAUAUAGCGUAAGUACUAAGAUGUAGCAGCAUUUGGUUCUACUUUAUUUGUAAAACAACCGAAUAGUUUUCACCUCACCAAAUCUAGGCUUAUUCCGUGCAGCAAUACUUGAUUAGUACUAUGAUCCUCUGCUUUAAUCGAUAUCAAAGCACUGGAACAAGUGGGCGCUUGCUCUUACCCUGUACCAUCUACGUGAAGAACGGCGAUGAAUCAGAAGGAGAACCAAGUGUGGAUUAUCUUACCUAUGGACGGAUGUUAUAUGUUUUUUUUGUCUACUCUAGACUAGAAGAGUGGUGUUAAUUUUUCCUGUUCGACUUUUCAGUUUUCCCUACCCUGUCAAAGCAAAUACGUCAGAUACAAGUUCUUCCUCCUUGAUGUAAUGGUAGAAGUGGCGUAUGUGACAUAGUUCUUCCUCCUUGAUCUAAUGGCAGUGGCGUAUGUCACAUAGUUCUUCGUCCUGUUUAACACAUUUUUCCUCCUUCAUAUCCGUGCAGUAGCGCAUAAUUUGUCACUGUUUUUUAGCCAAGAGGACAUCGCGGAAGAACUGGGAGAAUCGCUCCUGAAAAAAGUUACCACGUUUUCUCAGGCUUGCAUAAGUUAAGGAUAAGGGAUCAUCAUUCAGGCAUACUGUUAGAGGCAUACUGUUAGAAGAUCCAGGCAUACAGUUCCAUGUGGUCUUCUAUCUCGGGUUGGAAGGGCACCAGUGUGUCAUCAUCAAGAAAUUAGAAAUUUUAGAAUAAUUUACGCUCACAGAUGAACUAUGGACGCGCCAAGAAGGUAGACGUCAGUAGUAGUGUAGAGCUCUUCUAAACGACCACUGGAGUGGGUACAUUCGUUCACUCAUUAUCUGGCGUUCUAGCCUGAGUAGAGGAGUGUUUUCUUAGAAGUCAAGGCAAUUUUCGUCUAAAUAAGAGCGUGAGGAAGAUCGAUCCUCCAGGAGAAGAUCCACGCACAUGCGGAAAAACCGAAGAUGAAAACUUAUGCAAUUUCGUUGUUGGGAAGAUGAACCAAAAAGGGAUGAAAAUGAAUGGAGGGUCUCUUUGUUGGAACCUUGGAGAUAGAACACCUAGUAAUGGACGACGCAUUGUUUACCUGGUAUGUGAUAAAGGGUGGGCAGACGAGCACUAUGAAGGACUCAAAAAUCUGAUUGUACUCACGAUCUUUUCAGGACUUGAACGUCUUGCGACUCAAGUUUUUAGUCUUCAGCAUCGAUUUUCGGAUUCAAAGCGCAUCGUAGUCAAGGUUUAACGCACGUGUAGAGAACAUUCUUGAAAACAGCUGAUGCGGCUUUAUUUUAAUGUGUGUUCUCUCAUUUAUAGUUGGAGUUAAUACUUCUUCAUUGUUCACUCUAUGUAUUGGUGGCAGCGUGAUGAGUGAAUGAAUAUUCACUCUAAAAAAAUCUCAGUUGUGAGGACCUGUUCCACUCUGAAUGGUGAUGUAAUCAGUCCGUACUUCGUGAAGAAGGGCAUAAAUGAUAUUAACGGAUUUGAUUACCACACUAAAUGGGCGGAUCAAGGCCUCGUCCACGGUGCCUGUGAGCCUGCAACCAAGUCUACAAUCACGCAACACGCAUAUCUGGGCUACUAUAGGAGAAAAGCCGUGAAUACUUGAUAAUUUCUCAUGCGACAUUCUUGCUCUCCUUGUGAGGUGCAAGAGUGUUGGAAGGCCUUACCACAUCCACUAAUAUGCUACAAAGGGACGCUGCUGCUUCCCCUUCGGGACCUUUUCAGGAACUGUUUCGUCUUGCCGAUAGUAGAGAGCGACUACUUCAUCUAGCAAUGCUGAUGAUGGCGAUGGCGAUGUUUGUAGAAAUUUGAAGUGUUCCUUUUUGAGGUACUUUCUUUUUGAGGUAGC